AUGAAAUCGAUAAUUCCGCAACGAAACCUUUCCUGCAUCUCCAAUGCUGAAGAAACUUCUUUCCGGAUUUUCGACAGGAUUUUUGAACAUAUCGUUAACGAACCGCUGCAAACUUAUUCUCGACAGGUGUAUGCUGCGGAUGGGAUGCCACAAAUGAUUUGCAACAUGUGCCGCUGGAAUCUGGAUCGCUCUUACAAAUUCAAACUGCAAUGUAAAAAGGCUGAUGAAGCGCUACGGGACUACCCUCUGUCCGGGGUAUUGCCUAGACCCUUCCCGCCUAUCCCCAACGACCCACCGAUAGAGACCGGCAGCAAGAGACCCGCCGAAUCUAGAUUGCAACAUGACAGCGCUAAAAAGCUACGCUCUGAUAGCGAGAACCAGAGAGAUCCCCGAGAGAGACGCGAGACGAGAGAAAGAGAAAGAGAAAGGGAAAGAAAAGAUAAGUCUGGCGACCAGCGCCAUGAUCUUUAUGAUGAGGAACAGGACGGAGGUAGCGAGGGUGAACAGGAGGAAACAAACAACACCAAGGAAGAGAGGAAACUGGAACCUGGAGAGAUCAGAGUGCACGCGUGUGACCAAUGCGAUCGCACAUUCCCCCUGCGUCAAGCUCUGGCGUUGCACAUUCAGCGCGCACAUCGCGAUCGCAACUACAAAUGCACCGAGUGCGACCGGCAUUUUUUCACUAAAUACGACCUCGGCAAACAUAUGAGUACACAUUCGGAGGAAAAGCCGUUCUCCUGUUCAGUCUGCCAGAAGCAAUUCUCGCGAUUGAACUUGCUGCAACGUCACGAGAAGGUGCAUCGGGAUGAAGCCCGCUAUGCUUGCCAACACUGUGAUCGCGAGUUCUUCACUACGGAGGAACUCGAAAAGCACGAGGACGCGAUGCACAAGAAGGAUAAACCGUUCCAGUGCAACAUCUGCAACAAGCGCUUCCAGUACAAACAGGGCUUGGAGCGGCACGAGAUGCUGCACAGCGAGGACAAAACAUUCGUUUGCGACUACUGCAAGGAAGCCUUCCACACUAGCACCAAGCUGGCCCGGCAUCUAUCCACGCACGCCGGUCACCGGCCAUUUAUGUGUAAACUGUGUCCGCGCACAUUCUUGCUCUCCCAUCACUUGACGAGACACAUGCGCACCCACUCCGUGGAAAAACGUCAUGUGUGCGAGGAUUGCGGCAAGGCGUUUAAGCGUAAGGAGAGUUUGGAGGUGCAUCAACUGACGCACACGAAGCGCACAGGAAUGGGCCUGACCUGCGAUGUUUGCCAAGAGUCUUGUCGUAAUCGCGCCGAUUAUGUUACUCACAUCAAGCAACACAUCGAGGCGGGCGAGAAGAUGGGACCGGAUGGUCUGCAGCCCGACAACAAAGCUAAGUCCAUCGAGCUGGAUUCGGACGAGGAGGAAGAGGAAGAGGAUCAGUAUUCGGACGGCGACGACGACUACACGCCGCCGGCGUACAUUGCGAAGAAACUGCCGAAGGCAAUGCCUAGACCUUCGGAGAGUGAAGAGGACGAAGAUGAAGAAGACAGAGAAGAGAAGGAAGAGAAAUCCGAAAGGCAGGAAAAGGAAGAACGCAAGGAACAUCAGGUGGUUUACGUGCGCAGCAAGGACGGCAACAUGGUGAAGAAGACCAUCAAGACGCUGAUGCCAAUCCAACGUUGCGAUAUUCAAGAGCAGAAGACCGUGAAGCAGACCACUCCCACCGGUUCGGUUUCUCAGAGCAGUUUGAAAGGUUCUUCGUCGUCGCAGAUCAAGGAUGAUAAUGUCAAGAGCGGGCGAGUAGACGAGACCGAGGCACAAGUGCAGAAGAUUGUUGCCUCGGUAUUUAAGGAACACAAGAUUCCGCUGAAACAUCAGCAAAACGCCGGUCAGGAUCAGUCUAAAGAGGCUCCAGUGACGAGAUCUCAAACUGCUUCUCAGGAUACUCACAAGGAUAGCGACAAGACGGAGAACAUUGAGUCCAAGCCAAAAGCCGUUAAUACGGUUAAAGUGAUUAAAAGAAUCGUGCUGAGGAAGCCGGCGGGAGGAAACAGUAACGAUGGAACACCGGUCAGUACAUCUAGUGUCAAGGAUGGAGACACCAGCCUAAGUGGCACUCCGAGCUCGCACAAGGUUAAGCGCGUGAUUGUUCGUAGAAUCAUCCGGCAGGGCGAUACUACUCGCGAAGUCAUCAUGAAUCCGGACGGUACCGCGAUAGACCCCGCAGAAUUGGCGAAAUUGCCGACUGGCAACGUAGUGAAACGAGUAGUGGUGAAGCGACCAUUCGACAAGGGUCAGAGCUUGGUGCAAGCCGUAUUGCAAUCCGCGGAGCAACGACAGAAAGCAGCUGAUACAGGCAUUCUGAACGAGAAAUUUGAGCUGAAGACCUCCCCCUCAUCCAGUGGCGGAGCUGCGAGCAUGCCGAAGAGCACGAUCGCUUCGCAGAAGACACAAGUGAUCUCCCAGGGUCAGGAUCAAGAGACCAAGGAGAAGCUGGAGCAACUGGAGAAGCGGGUCGAGCAACAGAGGUUGAAGAUCGAGGAGCUUCAGGCAAGGAAGGCGCAACAAGAUUACGAGGCGAUUGAUGAGAUGUUACCGGAACGGCACGAUGAGUCGGAAGAUGAGCAGCAGCUGCCGCUCAAGAGGGUGUUCGUGAAACGAAAGCAGAGUAUAUACGACGAGGAGCGGGAAUACAAUGACGACGUGGAAACAGAAACGACGAAGAUCAAUCUGACCCAAGGAGUAAAGGACGACGUUGAGCAAGGAUCAGCGAAGGAAGAAGAGAAAUCUACCGUAGAAGAGACAUUGGAGAAUGUUCAAAAGGAAAUCCAGAGCGCGUCGAAAACAACGACGACAACCACCACCGGCAACACUACUACCACUAACAGCACACCGGUCACUAAGAAGGGCCCGACGAUUUCAAGUAACAAGGUAUACUCGAACAAGCGCUACAUGAUCGUGAAACCUGGCGAAACGUCGGAAGUGGAGGAGAUGAGUCGCGAAUUGUGCAGUAUCUUAGAAACUACCGAUAGCGCGGUGAAGAUGCAAGAAACUAUGCUGAGCAACCUCACGCAAAUUUCCGGCAUUGCAGUGUCAUCAGCAUCGGACAUAAACACCUCAAACGCGUCUGCGAAGCUGAAGACCGACAACUCGCCGAUGGAGGUUGACGAGCAGAUUGAGCAAGAUUGCGUGGUGCAGGUGGAUUGUGACGUAGCUACUAUUAAGCAAGAGACUGCGAUGGAAGUUGAAGUUGCACAGGAGACUGAAAUUAAGUUGGAUCCCGAGACGGAGGAACCUGCACAGGUGAGCGUACAGGUGAGCGUUACGCAAGGGGAGAUUCAGCCUGAUACCGCAACUUUGACACUGGACACACAGGAUCUUUCUGAGACUGCUUCGAUCUUCGAGUCAUCGGAUGACGUACUGGAGGUGCGGAAAUCGACGAGCGAUAACCUGAGCGAUUCUGUUAUUGAGUUGUCGCAAGGUAACGACACUAUCAAUCUGAAUGAUACCAACGAUAGUCAGGACAGCCUGGAAGACAAACUCUCGCAAAUGGAAGGUUAAAGAAGGUUUGAUUCUAUUUUACUCGUUUGUCUAUUUUGUUGAGGUGCUGCGCCAAGUAAAAAUCGUGUUCUCGAAUUUGCUAGAUAUCUGAAGCCCUUCUAUUACUGUUGGUAAUUAAUUUUGAUAAUAUCAGUAAACAUCACGCUGUUUAGUUUAGGUAAUGUCAAUAUUAACAUCCCUGAUUAUGGAGCGUAUUACUGCUAAAUUGAUGUUAUUUUAAUAGUUGUACCAACAAAAUACAAAACAGAUAAUAUAAUAUUGCAGUUAUGAAGCAAGUACAUAUUUAUCUAAUAAUUUUUUAAUAAUAUAAUAACAUUUUUUAAACUUUGUUUUUUAAAUACAAAGUGAUUCUAAACUUCUUUUUGCAUGAAAAAUUAAUAUUAAUUUUAUUGCAAUAAAAUUAAAAUUUUGCAUUUAAAAGAAAUUUUAUUGCAAUAAGAUUGCAAUAAAAAGAAAUUAUUAUUACAAAAUAUAUAGUUUUAUUUUUUUAAUAUAAUCCUUUCUCCGCUCUUGCAAAAUGUUAGAGAAUAUCGUUAUAAUUUUACAAUAAAUAUUUCUGAAAGAUAUAUGUAAAUUUUUAUAAUGAAUUUAUGUAGAAUCUCUUUAUAAUUAUCUUUAUCUUUAAUGCUAAUUCCCCAUCGUGCAAGAUAGAUUGAUAACAACAAAGAUUUAUAACAUCUGCUAAAAUUUAAUACUAAAAAAGAUGAAUUUGAUGAAGAUAAGAAUGGUGAAAUUAUUUUGUUAGCCAAAGCAAAUGCGCAAAGAAGAAAAGUUCACCAAGAGAUAUUGUGUGUAUAUAUAUGUAUGUAUAUAUAUACAUUCUUCUCGUGGUUUUAAUUUUCGAAAAUUGGGAUUGAUAAAAUCAUCCGGUGACUAUAUAUUUACGUACAUUUUCUCAUUGCAAAUGUACCGAAUUGAAAGAUAAUACUUGAAACGAAGACAUUGCAAAUAAGUCUGAUCAAAGUUACUUUAAAUCUAGAAAAGAUCUCUUUAUUUCGAAAAUAGCAUAAGUCAAAUUUUGAAAAAUCGAGAUAAGAGCAAGGGAUGAAUAAGAGAUUAAAUCAAGAGGGUAUCAGAAGAUUGAAAGUUUUCUUUUCAAACCACUCUGUUAGAAAAAUAAUUCUACAAUUACGAAAAAAAUGUACCAUAAAAUUCUUAUAGAUCUGAUAAACCAUUAAAAUGACAUUAAGAUUAGCCAUUCUCGAAAUAAAUAAUUCACUCGAGCUUACGAGAGUCACUUCACCUUCACGAAAGUUCUGAAGCAAAAAAAUUAAAGAUACGUCAGAUAAAUUUCGAUGUGAUCUUAAUGGGAUUGACGCGAUAUUAUCUUCGCUAUCAUCGAAUUCCGAAACGAUCGAAGUUACCAAAUUACCAAUAAAAAAUGUUAUAUAUAUUCGAAUAAAAGACAUGCGAGACAAGGAUCCUUUUGUACAAACGUCUUCACAUGAUUGAUUCGAUUUUAUAUAUUCGAUUAUAUAUAUUAAUGUGACCUGUGUGUAAAUUUUUGUUGCUAUCAAUCCAUCUUGCACGAUAAUGAAAUAGCAUUAAAAAUAAAACAAAUUAUUAUAAAGAGACUCUACAUAGACUUAUUAUAAAAAUUUACAUAUAUCUUUUAGAAAUAUUUAUGAAGUAAUAUCGAUAUUCUCUCUAACAUUUUGCAGGAGCGAAGAAAAAUUAUAUUGGAUUAUAAAAACAAUUUUUCAUUUUGUAAUAUUAAUUAGAGUAAUAGUAAUUAAUAGAGAAAUAAUUAUCCGAAAAAUUUAAUAUUUCUCUAGUAAUUAUGUAAUAAUAAUAUUUUUUAGACAUGAUCGUAUAUUUUAUCUUUUAAAAAAAGAAUCUCUGACUUUUCAAAAUUGCAUAUAAUUGCGUUAAAAGUGUUAUAUUAUCUGUUUUAUUUUUAAUGCUGUUUCUUUAUCAUGCAAGAUGAGUUGAUAGCAAUAAAAAUUCAUACAUAGAUAACAUCCAUAUUAUAAAAUCGAAUCAAUUAUGUGAAGACAUUUGUACACAAGGAUCUCAUCUCGCAUUUUUUUUAAAUUUAAAUCGUUUCGGAUGAUCAUGGACGGAAGAUAACAUUGCGUUAAUUCCAUUAAGAUCAUAUUGAAAUUUCUUUGACGCAUAUUUAAUUUUUUUGCUUGAAAACUGUAAACUUUGCGAAGAUAAAGUGACUCUCGUAAGCUCAAGUGAAUCAUUUAUUUUGAGAAUGGCUAAUGUUAAUGUUAUUUUAAUAUGAUUUAACGCAUUAGGAGAUUUAUUUUUAAGAAUUCUAUGAUACAUUUUCUUGUAAUUGUAGAAUUAUUUUUCUCAGAGAAUGGUUUGAAAAGAGAACUUUGAAUCUUCUGAUACCUUUUUGAUUUAUAUCUCUUAUUUAUCUCUUGUUCUCAAUUUUUCAAAAUUUGACUUAUGCUGUUUUUAAAAUAACGAGAUCUUUCUAGAUUUAAAAUAACUUUGAUCAGAUUUAUUUGCGAUGUCUUCGUUUUGAAUAUUAUCUUUCAAUUGAGCAUAUUUGCAAUGAGAGAAUGUAUAUAAAUAUAUAAGCAGCCACCGGAUGGUUUUAUUGAUCCUGAUUUUCGAAAAUUAAAGCCACGAGAAAAAUGUGUACAUAUAUAUAUAUACAACAUCUCUUUGCGAUUUUUUCUUUUUCGAGCGUUUGCUUUGGCUAACGAAAUAACUUCACGAUUCUUACAUUCGUCGAAUUUGUCUUUUUUUUACGAUUAAAAUUCAACAGAUGCAACCGGUUGUCGUUCGCCAAUCCCCUUCUUUCCUUCAAGUUCAAUCACUUCUUAUAUUUAAGAAUGAUCAUGAUCAAUAUAUAAUUCCUUUAAUCGAAUAUAUUAAGAUAUCUAUAUCAAUAUUUGAAAACUUGUUAAAAUAAUUUAAAAUAUUUCAGAUAUACAAUUUUAGUAUAAUUUUUAAUGUACGGCGAUAAAAUUACGCUAAUCAGAUUUUAGUAUUGACUGAAAUUAAUGCGAAUCCAAGACAAUUGGUCCACAUUGUCUAUUAGCACAUUAAACUAAUCAAUUUUUUUCGAAUAUUAUGAUCACAAUUUUUUUGUCUCUUUUUUUUUAAUACGUUGUUGAUGCAAUGGAACUCUGAUUUUACAAAUCAGCACAUAUACAACAUUGGGAACAUAAGAGAUAAUGAAGUACUAGAUAUACAUAUAAUAGUAUAAUCAUAUAACCAGAAUUAUUUCGUUAAUUAGUUCUGAAGACGAUAACAUACGUAGGUUAUCUGAUACUCUGUGCAAGAUAUUUGGAAUUAUGUAUGAAAUACAAAGUAUAUGGUGUGUAAGUGUAAA